AUGGCCUCUCAGGAUAAAUUACCCUCAAAUCAGACUGGCAUCAUUCAACAUGAAGGCGGGAUUCUUCAAAUUACCCAUGGUCUGCCUGUCCCAGAACUUGGGUCACACGAAAUGUUGGUGAAGACUGCUUCCGUGGCUCUUAACCCCUGUGAUUUUAAGAUGCCAUUGAGGUUCCCGACUCCAGGUCUCUGGGAUGGGUGUGACUUUUCUGGCACGGUGGUUGCGUUAGGAAGCGAAGUUGCUGCACAGGGGCGAUUCCGUCUUGGUGAUCAGGCUUUUGGUGCCGUUCAGGGCUCAAAUAUGUCAGAUCCAACAUCUGGCGCUUAUUGCGAGUACAUUCGAACCGACCCGGAUUUUGCUUUCCAUGUUCCCAAGGGAAUGGAUCUUGCCGAUGCACCCUCCCUCUCAGGGACUGCAAUUGCGACUCUUGGGGUUGCUCUGUUUUGGUCGCUUCAAUUGCCCGGAACAUUGCUCACGCCAGCAUCCAAAUCGGAGGAUAUUCUGGUAUAUGGAGGAAGUAGCACUGUAGGACUACUUGCCAUUCAGAUGGUGAAGCUUUGCGGCCAUCGUGUAAUCACAACAUGCUCCCCUCACAACCGCGAUUUGGUGAUAUCGUACGGGGCGGAUCUUGUCUUUGACUACAACUCUCCAACCUGUGCCGAAGACAUUCGAGCAGCCACAAAAAAUACCUUGCGCCAUGUGCUUGAUCCAUUUGCAGAAGCCAAGACCCUGCGGAUGUGCUAUGCAGCCGUUGGUCGCACUGGAGGGAGGUACUGUGCCCUUGAGCAAUAUCAAGAAAGUCUCUGCUCGCGAAAGACAGUCAAACACGAACUAGUCAUGGGAGGGGCUAUCUCCGGACGAGGUGUCGAGCUCCCAGACCCAUACGGUAUUCCACCACAACCCGAGAUUGGAGUCUGGGCUCGGUCAUGGUACCUAGAGCUCCAAGAAUUGAUAGCAAAUGGGAAGCUUAGGCCCUGUCCAAUUCAAAUUAUUCCAGGCAAAUUUGAAGGUAUCUUGGAGGGUUUGGACAUGCUGCGAAAUGGAAAGGUUUCGGGGAAGAAGCUCGUCGUCCCUAUGACCACAGAAUAA